AUGAACAACUUUACUUAUGCGGAACCCGAAAGUCAAACUGAAACACUUAUCGACGCCGUAUCGCGGAUGACUCAGCUGGUUACCGCUCCUGCACGACACCUUGUAACGUGCCUGCUAUCUGUGUUUUUCGUAGUUGGCAUUCUGCUGAUCAUCCCGGCUCUUUUUCAAACGGCCGCUGCAUAUGUCUGGGCAGCGCAGUCAAGGAAAGUUGCCAACAUACGCAUCCAGCCGAUCCGAAACCCCAAUGCACAGAAGCGUUCAUCAAAUAAGGAUGGAAGAGAUGAAUGCGAAGUACCCGGUACCCUAACGGGUUUGGAGGCUCGUAAACUUUUGUCAAAACAAGAUCGUACACUUUUUCUCUAUCGAAUCCUGGCAUGCUCCGCCUCUCUGUUAGUUCUUGUUUUUUCAACCUUGCCACAAUUAGUCUUUGUCGUGGCCAAACCAAUAUCCGACACAACCAUUCAUAGACAAUGGGGUUGGUGUCAUGCGAUUGUUUAUGCAGACCUCGUGAGUAGAUGUUUUGCCACCUAUCUUGUUGUGGUUCCGUUCGGUGUGGUGUUUUGGAAUUUUAUUUUCAGCGAAGUUGUACCACGGCGCCACUUACUGACGGACAAUGUAUUUCAAGUAAUUCUUCAAGCAGCCAUUCCAAUCAGUGCAUUUUCUACGCUGCUACCAAUUCUGUUAAUUGCCAAGCAGUAUGUUCCAACCCCUGUCGAAAAACUGAUUUUUUGUGGUUUGAAUGAACCCUGGUACCUUGCUUUCAUCUAUUAUGACUUCAUAGUGACUAGAAUUGUUCCAUGUGUUUGCAUAAUGAUCAUUGCUGCUGGUUUCCUUCGUUGGCUGUCCCGUUCCGAUUAUGGGAUCUUCUACGAACCUGGUCUAUUCAUCUUAUUUUUGCUUCCACUGUGCUGCUGUGAGGUUGUCAUUCACGUUUGCCAACAUGCCGGUGUUUUGAAAGUCAUUACUGAACCUAUAUUUAGUAGCAUCUUGCUGGUAUGCUAUUCUAUUUACCACAUGUCAUUCAGCUGCACUUUUGUCUUGGCCACAAUGCGAUCGGUGAUCGGAGAAAUUCGCGAGGAGAUGCGCAGGCGACAAUUCUUUUUCCUUGGAGAACACGAACUAGCAGAAGUUGUGGGCGAAGAAGAAAGUGGAAUGCAUGGUACUACGCGGCAAACGAGGCUAAUUCAGGGCUUGCAGAAGCAAUUUUCCGUUGCUUUCCGUUGGAAGCCUGAUUUUACGGAAGAAGAAACGCGAACUGUUAUCAACAACCCCACAGAUUUUCUGGGCAAUGACCAUGAAGAACCAGGUCGCUGUCCACCUAGACAAGGUCCGGAUAAAAGCAGCAGAAUGAAGUCAGAACAAAAUGUGAGCAGAGUUGAUGACGCUAUUUUACACUAUGAGAUUCUCCAACAUUCGGCGCAUUUAAAAAAAGCCAAGGUGUAAGAAGGACAUCCUCUGUUUUGAACUCCCGGUGCCUAGAAUACUGUCAUACUCAUUCUGGUGAAGAGGCAGUUUCUCAAGAUAAGAGUUGAUUCAAAUCCUGCGGGCUAGCGGGUCUGUCCUUCGGAAAAAGACCCCAAUGUUCUUGAAGUGGCCCAAAGUAUCUUCGUUUACUUUCCCUUUAGAAUCGUUCAGUUACAACACCAACAUCCAUGAAAACAUUUUUGUUAAAUUUUUACCUUCUCCAUCCACUGAGCGGUUUUUUGUUUCUUUGUAUUUUGUGCGUGUUUACUUUAGUGCAGUGUGAAUAAAAGCUGGAGGCUUUGUUUUUCCUCGAAGCGACUUCAUCAACGGAAUCGUUGUGUUUUUUGUUUUAUUCCGG